GUUCACUAACAUUUCAGUCUGCAGAUCAGUUGCACAAAACCAAUCAAGCUAAAAAAUGUGGUCGACCACACUCUUCAUGUUUUUGGCACUUCUUGUCCUCAACACCACAAUUGCACAAAAUUCUAACUCCAGAUUCUGGGUUGUCUCCACGACAGAACCGUCUUCCGACCAACAAAAUGCCGAUAACGAUUCUGUAGCAGCUCUGAAAGAAAAACUAAAACUUCACGAUGCCCAACUUAUGGAAUUGAAGACCCAGCUACAAGCAACAAAAAAAGAAAUGCUUGGCUUAAGCGAAAAACACCUAAAGCAGAAGAUUUUUCCUCCGCAGGACUGUCAAGAGGUCCUGCGACGCGGCCACAAAGCUUCCGGUAUGUACAAAAUUAAACCUAGAUACUCUCCGGAGGAGUUCUGGGCAUGGUGCGACUUGACGACAAGUCAGGGCGGCUGGACUUACGUUCUCAACAGGUUCGACGGCUCGGUGGAUUUUUUGCGAAACUGGACCGAUUACAAGAUCGGGUUUGGUGAUCCUUCGGGAGAGUUUUGGUUGGGCUUGGAACAUUUGUACCAUUUAACAGGCGAUAAACGGAAUGAAUUGUUGUUCGAACUUGUGGAUUGGGAUAUGAAGAAAAUGAACGCAGGGUAUGACAAGUUCAUAAUUGGGAAUGAAGGUGAAGGAUAUGAACUCAAAUCGGUAGGAAAAUUUCAACAAGGUACAGGAGAUUCUUUGUCACGACACGUAAAUAUGAAAUUUUCUACUCCGGAUAGGGACCAGAGUCCUGGAAAGUGCACUCUUAGUUUUAAAGCCUCAUGGUGGUAUAAAAAUUGCUUCGACAGUCAACUCACAGGCGUGUAUGCCGACCGAGGUCAAGGUAAAAAUAACCAAAACAUACACUGGAAUUCAUUCCAUGUACCUCAAUACAGUCUGAAGCAAGUUCGAAUGAUGAUCCGACCUAUAGAUUGACAGAUCUGGAAUAAAGUGGGGCUCAUUUCACUCAAAAAUGUAUCUUUAUCACUUCGCCAUUUUGAUAUAAAUAAAGCUUUUUGAUAUUUU